AUGUCGCGAGCUCUGAGUGUGAAGACCCCUGGAAGACCAGGACUAUCCCAGGACCAAGAAGGACUAUCAGUAUCUACCUUCUUCCACAGAAUCAUCGUUUCAGCCUUGGUCCUUACAAAACCAUCUACAAAAAUGAGGAACGCUUACCUCACCAGAGAGGACAAGAGGUUAAUGAAACCAGUCAUUGAAAAGAGGCGAAGAGACCGGAUUAAUCAGAGUCUGGAACAUUUGAGGACACUUCUUCUGGAAGCUACCAAAGAUGAGUCCUUGAAAAAUCCCAAAACGGAGAAAGUUGAUAUUCUGACCAAGACGGUGGAGUUUUUGGAAAUGUGCCAUGGUUCAGGUGCAGAGGAUACGAAGAGGACCAUGUCUGGGUUUAAAGGCGGGUUUCAAGAAGGCCUGAGCCAGGCAACGAUCUUCUUGAACUCAGCUGCCGGUAUUUCUGAGAAGAAGAGAGGGUACGUUGUUGAGAAACUCUACCAACAUAUGGAAGACAGAAACCUAAAGAGAAGGAUCGAGCGAUCACCCCAUGACUGCUCCAGGAUCAACAAGGCUACACCAAGUCCACCACAGAUCUCCAGGGUCCCGGAAAGCAUAGACAUUGUAGAGAAAUGCCCAGAAAGUUAUUCUUGUAUAUCAUUCCUUCACACUUUUCCAUCUCCAUCAAGUUCCUACGACGUUUCUUGCCACAGACAAGCACAGUGCACACCACAAAAGGUCCACAAGGCCACCAGUAAAGUGUCACUACAAAGGACUCUCUUCCCACCAACAUCCUCCAAUGACUGUGUGCCCUCUGGCCAGGUGUGGAGACCUUGGCCAUAA